AUGAUAACAAAAUUCUACCAGCACAUCCUUGCCUUGGCAUUUGCGGUGAAUGAAAUCAACGAGAAUCCUAAGAUCCUACCUAAUGUCACACUUGGAUUCCAUAUCUAUGAUAGCUACUACGAUGCAAGGAUGACUUAUCAUACCACUUUGGAGGUGCUCUUCAAAUCACAUAGAUUUGUCCCCAACUACCAGUGUGACAGACAGAAAAACCUCAUGGCUAUCAUUGGCGGACUUGGCUCUGAUACCUCUAACCUCAUGGCAGAUAUUAUAGGUUCCUAUAAGGUUCCGCAGCUCACAUAUGGCUCAUUUGCCCCACAAGAGAAUCAUAUCACUCAAGGGCCAUCCUUUUUUCGCCUCGUCCCAAAUGAAACUCAGCAGUAUAUGGGGAUUAUCCGGUUACUCCAAUAUUUCAAAUGGACAUGGGUUGGGCUUCUUCCAGUUGAUAAUAGCAGUGGCGAACAUUUCUUACAGACGCUGGAGCCAUUAUUUUCCCAGUAUGUGAUCUGUUCAGCAUUCACAGAAAGAAUACCACAAAUAGCCCACUGGGAUAGCUUGGAGGAACUUGGUAAUAUAGCCACAAAGGUUUAUGUACAUUACACAAAUAAUAACGUGACUACCUUUAUUAUAUAUGGAGAAUCAUUGACUAUAUCAUGGCUGAGAACUAUUAUAUUUAUACGAGACACUGGAAUGAAGGAGAAUACAUCACUCAGAAAGGUGUGGAUUACGACAACCCAGAUAGAUUUCAUAUUGACUGGCAUUCAAAAGGGCUGGGGUCUUCAGAUGUUCCAAGGUGCAAUUUCCUUUACAAUCCACGCCAAAGAGAUUGCAGGGUUUACGGAAUUUAUUCAGACCAUAAAACCUUAUGGGCCCCAGAUAGAUGGUUUUCUGAAGGACUUUUGGGAGCAAGCCUUUGACUGUGUGGCUCCUAAUCCCAAUGCCACAAUGGAUAUUGAUGGAAUAUGUACUGGGGAGGAGAGGCUGGAGAGUCUUUCUGGGCCACACUUUGAACUGCUCAUGACAGGACACAGCUAUAGUAUCUAUAAUGGUGUUUAUGCUGUUGCAUAUGCUUUGUAUGUUAUGGGCUCUUCCCGAUCCAAACAGAGAGCCAAUGGGAAAGGUUUCAGUAUUGAACUUGAAGAUGUUCAGCCUUGGCAGCUCUAUCAUGUUCUUCACAAGAUUUCAUUUAACAACUCAGCUGGUGAAACCAUUUCCUUUAAUGACAAAUGGGAAAUGGGAGGUGGCUUUGACAUCAUAAAUAUGGUCAUAUUUCCAAACAACUCUUUCCAGAAAGCGAAAAUUGGUUGGAUUGACCCAGAGGCUCCUGAAGGAGAAGAACUCAUCAUUCAUGAAGAUCUAAUUGUUUGGCACAGUGGUUUCAACCAGCUAAAUCAACAUCAGUAUAUGCAGAAGGCAGAAGGGAAUGUAUCUCCCAAUUACUUCCACGGAUAUGACUGCCCAGAAGAGAAAUUUCCAAGUAAGGACAAAGAUGAAUGUAUGCCAAAAGUUUUAACCUUUCUUUCUUAUGAAGAACCUUUAGGAAUCACUUUAGCCUUCGCUGCUGUUUUUCUUUCCAUUAUUGCAGUCUUGGUGCUAGCAAUUUUCAUUAAGCGCAGGGAUACACCCAUUGUCAAAGCCAACAACCGAGGCCUCACCUAUACCCUCCUCAUAUCGCUCCUGCUCUGCUUCGUCUCAUCAUUGUUUUUCCUCGGCAAACCUGGAAAAGUGACCUGCCUUCUCCGACAAACAGUGUUUGGCAUCAUCUUCUCAGUGGCUGUUUCUUGUGUAUUGGCCAAAACCAUCACUGUAGUGAUAGCUUUCAUGGCCACAAAGCCAGGAUCUAGCAUGAGGAAGUGGAUGGGGAAAAAACAGGGACAGUCUGUUGUUCUUUCCUGUUCGCUCAUUCAAGCAAGUAUUUGCACCUUGUGGUUGGCAACCUCUCCUCCUUUCCCUGAUUUAGACAUGCACUCAGUAACUGGAGAAAUCCUAUUGCAAUGUAAUGAAGGGUCAGUCACCAUGUUUUACUGUGUCUUGGGUUUCAUGGGCUUCUUGGCCAUUUCCAGUUUCACUGUGGCAUUUCUAGCCCGCAAGUUACCAGAUAGUUUUAAUGAAGCCAAGUUCAUCACCUUCAGCAUGUUAGUCUUUUGCAGUGUAUGGUUGUCUUUUGUUCCAACCUACCUGAGCACAAGAGGGAAAUACAUGGUGGCUGUGGAGAUCUUCUCCAUCUUGUCCUCCAGUGCUGGGUUACUGGGCUGCAUCUUCACCCCUAAAUGCUACAUCAUUGUGCUCAAGCCCCAGCUGAACAACAGAGAACAACUAAUUCGGAGGGAAUUUUAG